UUUCACACUUGCGGCCGGCAGUUAAUGCAUGGCUAAUGGUCCGUCGUAAGGUACUUCCAACAUGGUGAUAUUUGAUAGUCAAUGGAUGACAAUCACCAUCCCGCAUGACUAUACAUUUCCGUGUCUGUUUGCGUUUUAUUAAUUUUCAGGAAAUAACCUGGGACGACCCAGUCUGGAAUUUUUUUUUUUUUUUGGUCUGAGACCCAGUCUGGAAUAGAAAGCUAGCUAGAGCAUAGAAUGAAGUUGUCCAGAAACUUCCCAUGCCAUGACUACAAAAGGCCGACUCAGGAAUACUGCUUUACUCAUCAUCAGCAAUACAACUAUUUGAUACCAAUACUCCUCCAUAAUUAUAUUCCACAAACAAGCUAGUGCUGCAUGCCAUGUCGAUCAUGGCCUUGCAAUUCCCAUUGGCGGCAGUCCUAAUCCUAUUAUCGGCGGCUAGUACUACGACAACAGCAGCUGCUGCUCAAGCCCUGCCUGGCUGCUCUGACAAGUGCGGUGAUCUCGCAAUUCCAUAUCCAUUUGGCAUGAAGGUGGGUUGUUACCUGGGAGAUAGGUUCUACAUCAACUGUAGCCAGGGGGCCCAACCGGACCAACCCCCAACAGCCUACUUUGGGGACUCCAAUAUCAUUGUUACUAACAUAUCCAUAGACGUUGGGGAGUUGCGAAUAUGGAACUAUAGAGGGACAGAUUGUUACAAUAAAGAGGGCAAUCGAACUUACAGAAACAGACCAGAGUUCAGGAUGGGACCUCCAUACACCAUAUCUGACAUCAAAAACAAGUUCUACGCCAUUGGUUGUGACACUUACGCAAUCAUGCGAGGCUUCCGAGGGGAAGAAGAAUUCAUUACUGGGUGCAUGUCAGUAUGCAACAGCCGUGGCAGUGUCGACAAGAACUCCUGCUCUGGCGCUGGGUGUUGCCAGAUUAACAUCCCCAGUGGAUUGAACAAUCUUACUGUGAGUUUGAGUAGCUACGACAAUCAUUUGUAUGUGUGGGACUUUAAUCCCUGCAGCUACGCCUUCAUUGUACAGGAAGACCAGUUCGAUUUCUCCUCUUCCAGUUUUGAACAACUGAAUGACACUGUACGGCUUCCAAUGGUCCUUAAUUGGGCCAUUGGGAAUGACACAGACCCCUGUCAUGAAGCUCAGAAAAGGAAGGAUUUCGCAUGCAGAGCUAAUAGCAUGUGCAAAAACCGGCCUAUCAUUGGGUCAGUAGGUUAUUUGUGCGAGUGUUUGCCUGGUUAUGAAGGAAACCCGUACCACCCAGAUGGUUGCCAAGAUAUUGAUGAGUGCAGGGCUUUCAACUCCUGCCAGAACGGACAGUGCUUAAAUACUUCACCAGGAAAUUACUCUUGUUCAUGUCAUAAAGGAUACAAAAACGACGGCAUGAAUGACAAGACUUGCAUUAAAGACGAUUCCGAAAGACACUCAAAGAUCGUUCUCCUGCUUAUGGUUUCAUUGGGUGUAACUGUGGGCUUCUUGGUUUUAUUCCUUGGAAUUUCGUGGAAAUGUUGGGGAAUGAAGAAAAGAGAGUUCAUUAAACUCAAAGAAAAGCACUUCAAAGAGAAUGGUGGUUUAUUGUUACUGCAACAACUCGCUAGUCAUGGAAGCUCCAUGAGGACAACAAAAAUCUUUCCUGCUGAAGAACUUGAGAAGGCAACAAACAAUUACCAUGAGAGUAGAGUCCUUGGAGAAGGAGGUUAUGGAACAGUUUACAAAGGAAUACUACCGGAUGACACAAUGGUUGCCAUAAAGAAGUCGAAAGGUGGUGCCCUGACCCAGAGUGAUCAAUUUGUUAACGAGGUGAUUGUUCUUUCUCAAAUCAACCACAAAAAUGUGGUAAAGCUAUUGGGUUGUUGUUUAGAAACGGAAGUACCUUUACUAGUAUACGAAUUCAUUACCCAUGGCACUCUUUAUGAGCACAUUCAUAAAAAACGAUCAUCACUCCCAUUUGAAUUACGAAUGAAGAUAGCAACUCAAAGCGCGGAAGCACUGUCCCACUUACACUCCUCAAUUUCCACACCAAUAAUACAUCGAGAUGUGAAAACAGCAAAUAUUCUGUUAGAUGAUGAUUAUACAGCAAAAGUGUCAGAUUUUGGAGCUUCCCGAUUGGUUCCUUCAGGUCAAACUGAUAUACAAACUUUAGUGCUUGGGACAUUUGGAUACCUGGACCCUGAAUAUCUGCAAUCAAACCAACUAACAGAAAAGAGUGAUGUUUAUAGCUUUGGAGUUGUCCUAGUGGAGCUACUAACAAGCAAAAUGCCAGUUUCUAAAGAUAGAUGCUUAGCAAGCAUCUUUCUUGCUUCCAUGGAAGAAGGUUGGUUGAAUCAAAUUCUUGAUGAUGGCAUAGUGAAUGAGGGAAACAUUGAGACGGUAAAGAAAGUGGCCAAUCUCGCAAAACAAUGCUUGAGGGUAAACGGGGAGGAAAGGCCUAGCAUGAAAGAAGUUGCAAAAGAGUUAGAGGAAAUGAAUGUCACGGCAAAAUAUCCGUGGAGAUUUAAUGCUAAUUUUUGCGAAGAAGAGAAUGAAUACUUGCUUGGGUCAGUUAAUUCAGACGCUUACGUUGUGGGUAAUGGAAAAGGUGAUUGCAGUUCUAGUGGUCUAACCGGUGGUACGACCACUGCGUAUGACAGUAUGCAAAUCGAACAGUUAAUGCCACAUGACGGUGGACGAUAGUUGAUAUAUGUUGGUGUCGCUUGUGAUAUUUCUAUCAUUCAUUCUUCAGUAGGUAAUAAUGGUUGUUUCAUUUUGAUAUGAAUGUAUGUGCCUCACAAAAUAAAAGUGUAUUUUAGCACUGUAUAAAUGUGAUAAGUUAAGUGUGGUCUUACUUGUU